AUGGCCGUUACGUUGCGUUCGGGACAUGCCACGGGGACGAAGGUGCCGCGGAGCCCGCACAAGCGCCGGCGUGGUCUGCGUCUCGCGGCUCGCGAACCGCCGGCACCCCAGCAGCUCCCGCUGCCUAAGCCCGAGCACCUGGACGACGAGGAUGACGAUAUCAUUGAGAUUAAGUGUCCCACGGACGAGGCUCUUAGCACCAACCCCGACUACAUCGCGCUCACGCUGGCGCGGCGGGUGUUGGAGGGGACGUGCCACGACUUGCGACGCCAGAUGGUGACGCUCAGCGAGUGGCUGGCGAGGGUGGCGCGGGCACAACUGAAGCGUGAGGUGCUAGCGGUGUACCGGGAAGUGUUGUCGCGGGCGCCGACACCGGCACUGGUGAUGACCCUGCCAACAGUACACUGGGACCGCUACAGCGCCGCGCUUGGCGCCCGCGUGGGUGCUGGCGCCUUCGAUCCCUCGGAACCCCUGGUGGAGUUCAAGCAGAUGCAGAUGUUCAAGCGGUGA